AUGUGCCUCAGCCUCGGCCAAACGGGGCUCUCGUCCCUCACAGUGCCGGCCACCUUCUUCAUUGCCAUGGCUCCCACUCCUACGCCUCUGCGGCAGCCAGAAAGAGUUACUAAAGAACGCAUCGUUCGCGCCGAGAAUGCCAGUGCCAACGGUUUCGACACUCUUGGUCACUACGCCGGCGUCGUCGUCGCUGCCAAUGUCGUCUUUUGA